CUUACACGGUUUUUACUUCAUGAAAUAUGUGCACGCAAUGCAAUCCCUUCGAUCACCUCCUGCCUAUUUAAGGUCGGUGCACCUGAGAAAAAUAUAUGCAAUGGGGAAGCAAAGUCAUUGUCUAUUCAAGCCAUGAUCAAUAAGAAAAGACUCCUGCCAGUCUUGUUUGUUUUUUCUCAAAAUCUGUGUCUCUUUGUGAGAUAUUUUAGUUCACAAGAGAGAGGGUUUUGAGGAAUAUUUCUUCUUCUGAGCAAGCAUGGCAGGAGAAAGAAAGAAGAGGAAGAUGGAGAGUGAGGGGAAGGGGGAGGAGGAAGAAGAUGGUGAGGAGGAGAGGAAGAUGGAGAUGUUCUUUGCUUUGAUCAGAAGCACAAGAGAUGUGAGGGAUCGUUUGAGGGGUGGUUUGAAUGAAGCAAAGGAGAAAGGGUCGUCAGAAGAUCAUCAGAAGAAAUUGGUUGAGAAAGAGAUCAAGGCAAUCUGGAAUCCUACUUUCAGGCCAGAGGAUUUCAUGCAGGAUGACAAGUCUAAGAGGCCUCCUGGUGAUGUCCAAGAAGCAGGGCCUUCUAAGAGAGAAAAAGGAGAAGGAGAUGAGAAGGAAGAUGAUAAGGAAGGAGGAGGAGGAGGAGAAGGAGGAGGAGGAGGCAAUGGUAUAGACCUAAAUCUUUCUUUGUAGAAGAUUGAACUAUAUGGGUGUUUUUCCUUCAUGGGAUAUGGUUGGCCAAUAUAUGCCACAUAUAUAGUUUUGUGUUGCUUUCGGAAGAAAAGGACCACUUUGCUAUGUAAUUUAUUAUAAGUUGUAGUGCAAAUCAUUUUCCUUGUCCUAUGCUGAA